UUCGAGAUGUGUGUGUAUGUGUAUGAUUCUGUAAUAAAAGUGUCGAUCUAAGGUUGAGCGAAAUAAGCCGUGGAAGUGGGGACUUAUACGCCAUUUUCUAUUUUUGCGUAGUACUUAAAAAUAUUUUAUGUGUUGAUUUUAUGUGAUAAACUAAAAAAUAAGUAAUAAUAUUUUAGUGAAAGCCGAGUUCUACGACAUGAUUAUCGGCAACGCGUGCAUCAAAAAUCGCGCACAAGCGCACGGACCCAUCUACAGUCCGCGUUGCCGCGCAUGAAACUCACUCUUUUCCGCUGGCACGUAAACACUCUUUUUUCCUCAUUUACUCGUUUCUCUCUUUCUCUUUCUUCAUUUCUCUCUCGUUUUGCGGGUUGACGAGCAGUGCCGUCGUGUAUAAAAGACUAUCUAGUAGUUUAAUCAUUUAAACUCAGUGGUGAUACGAAUAUUACGUGUAUGUCUAUCGUAUUCAGUUUCUUUCAUGAUUUUUCAUUGUCUCUGUCUCUAACCAGAGCGAAUCUACAAUCCAGUUCAAGUGACCAGUAAGAAAAGUUUUGUGAAAACAGCCACUGCAGCUUAUUUGCUUCAUUUCAAAAAACAGUUUUCAAUUUUGUUCAAGUUACGAUAUCGAGAGUCAAAUAGGAGGCAAAAAAAAUAAGUCUGUGAUACUAAACGGUAAUAUAUAUAUAAGUAUAUAGAUAGAUAUAUCAAAAAUCUGUACAUUAGAAUCGUAUAUACGUGCAUAAUAGUGGCCUUUAAGGCAUAGAGACAAAUUCUACCUACAAAAGGACAUUACGCAUUUUUUAUGUGACUUUUUUCAAGAAAACACACAUACGAUACCAUCAAUAAAUAAAGACUACAAAUAAUUAGAGACAAAUUUGAGUGUUUGUGCAAAAAAAGAUCAUUUUUGGCUAAUAACAACGUGCUAGAGAUUACGAAGAAUGUCUGUUGAGUCUGUAUCAAAUGACAGGCCUGAUGAGCCGGAUACAAAAAAUGAAGGAGACGAAGCUAUUAUAUCCAUGUCGGUUGCCGGAGAGGUGACUGAUACCUCCAUCGUGGAAGUGGGGAGAUCAAGGCCCCAAUUCCAAUAUACCAGGGAAGAACUUAUGGUCAUUAUGGAUUUGCCUUUGUCUAAAAGGCGACCUGAAUGUCUAGAUGUUGCUUACAAUAAUUCACGUGGUGUUUGGGAUCCUGAACGUUGGCACUUAGAUAGAAAACGUAGUGAAACACCAUCUGAAGAAGAGCAGCGAUCGAAUAAUAAAUCCGAUCAACCAACAGAGACACAGAGUAAUAAACGUCGAAGUGGAGAUCCGCGAGAGCGGAUUCGUAAAGAACAGGAUGGUAUUGUUUUAAGUCCUCAACGAAGAAGUUUUAAUUCUGGAUGUUACGUAAACAUUUCUCAACCCUCAUCUCGGCGUCCUGAAAGCCCGAUCGGAAAGACUGAAGUUUCUCAUCGUGAACCAGCUCGACGAAUUUAUAGUGGACGAUUGCUAACUCGAGACAUGUGGGACUUUAGGCUGGAAGCAGAAAAAUUGGAACCCGAACGAGAAUACAGCUUCCGGAGCAGUGGAAAUUCAACGACGCGUGAUCGAGAUAAUCGAGACGGCGGAAGAGAACGUGAUGGACUGCGCGAUCGGGAUAAUAUUCGUGAUAGAGACGACAGGAUUGAUCGGUUCGAGAGACGAUCAUUUGGUAGAGACUUUGGAGACAGAGAUAAUCAACGAGAUCGAGGUUCUGAAACAAGAAAUGACCGUGCUCAUGAUCGAGCAAUGGAAAGAGACAAAGACCGAGGAGGUAGAGAUAGAAAAUUUGGGUCUGACCGCAGAAAAUCGUACGCUAAUGACUCACGUGAUUCUGAAGAACCUGAGUGGUUUAGCUCUGGUCCAAUUUCUCAACAUGACACUAUUGAACUUCAUGGUUUUGAUGAUGCUCCUGAGGAGAGAAAUACCAACAAUAAGUCGAAGAAACAAUCACCGGCUCAGAAGAAACGAGGUAAAAAGGCUGCAGCAGAAAGGGAAGAAAAAAUAACAGAACACCAUUCGGCAGGACCGAAAGGACGCAGUACUCCUACUGCCAUUGAUCAACCUAUAAAUCCAGUACCUGCUCCUCAUUCUCCAAUUCUUGAACAAGAAGAAAAUCCUCCCACUAAUGGGAAAAUCCAAUCUGAGACUAGCGAGAGUGCUGUUACGGAGCCAAGCGAGUGCACAGAUCGAUCUGAUGUAAGCAAGGGCCGUGAAGCAGAACAUUUGGACUUUAACUUGGAUGAUUUUCUCAAAUCAGAUAAUCUUCCUGGUGUUUCUGGCCUUUUGACCAAUGGUGUUGGUACAAAUAGCGGUAGUGGAUCUCGCUUUAGUCAAUGGUUUAAAAAAGAAAGUCCUCUUCCACAAGAAGAUAGUCGUAGACCUUCCAUUCAAGAUGAACUUCUCAAUAAUUUGCUCAAUGAUAUCACCGAGCCAAAUAUUCAAGUACCUUCAGUCACUGAAUCGAAUACUUAUUUUACUCCGAUUUCUCCAGCUAAUUCGAUGAACAUCUCUGCUUCUCAAGCACCUGCUCCUGCAGUAAAACUUUUAGAAAUGUUACAACGAGGAAAACCAAAUCAAAAUGGUCAAGGAGAUGUUGCUAAUCAUAUGAUGCCGAUGAAAAAUCCUUCAAUCAAAGAUAUGGAAGCCUGUGGUAAAGUUGUACACAGUCUCGAGGAAUUGGAAGCACGCAUGAGAGGUGGUAUGCCAUCUACUCCACACGUUGAGCCAGCAAGACCAACUAAGACUGAGGAAGAUUUAUCUGCAUUUAAAAAAUUACUAGCUCAAGUAAGUGGUGGUCAAGCUGUUCCUGCAGCAAAUGGCCCCAAUCCCCCUAAAGGGCAACCAAUUACUCUUAUGCAAUUAUUGAAAAACCAACAAGCACAACCAGCAAUGCAAGUUCCCCCUCAUCAGUCAAUGGUGCCAGAACAACAACCACAUCCCCAAACAUUCAAUCAUGUCGGUCCCCUUGGACAGACUCAACAUGCACAUCAAGUUCAAAUGCAGCAUGAAAACUUGUUAAAAGUAUUGCGAAUACAACAACAGCAACAGCAACAGCAGCAACAAAAACGUCAACAACAAACUGACAUGCUGUCGAUGAUGAUGAAUAAUCAGAGAAUGGUAGGAGUAAGUCCAAUUCCUCAAGAAAUGCAGAUGUUAGUCAAUAAUGCACCGUCCAGUCGUGAACUUCUUCAACGGCCUGAAGCUCAGGCAAUUAUUCAAGGUCUUCAACAAGGAGAGAUUACUAGACAACACUUAAUUCAACAACUUCAGAACCCUGCCAUGCAACAUCGCCAUCGUGAAGUACUUGUGAAUAUCUUAAAAAUGUAUGGUAACACAACUCCACGAACUGUCAGUCCUCACAGUGGAAAGGCAGUGCCACAUGAUCAAAUAAUCCAACAAUUACUUUAUCAGCAACAUAAACACCAACAUCAUCAGCAGAGAGUGACUUCACCAAUGAAUAAUGUGAUCCCACACAGAGUGCCUUCGCCUCGCGACCUCGUAAUGCACACGCAAACCAUUAUGCAAAAUGCACUAAUCAAGACCAAGUUGGAGGAACACCGUGAGAAUUAUCGUAAACGACAAGAGCAGCAGCAGCAGCAACAUCAUCAGCAUCAACAGCAGCAACGUAUUACAAGUCCAGUAAAUUCACCAUCAAAACAGAUGAUGAGUCCAACGCCACUUGCUUUUACCCCGACAUCGGUGUUGCGAAAAAUGACUGCCGAAAAGGAACCUGAUGGAAAUGCUGAAGCAUCGAAAUUGGUGGCUCAAAGUCAAGCAAAUCAAAUGCAACAGAUGCAAUCAGCAGUGCAGCUCAUAACUCAAGGGGUUCUUUCUCGACAACAAAAUGCUAUCAGACCUCAACAAACAUCAGGUCAACAAGGACCUUGGGCAAAUCAAUCUGUUAAUAAACAUCCGGGUCGACCAAUUGUCAAAGGCGUAUCAACGAAUCAAUAUCAAUAUGGUGGGCCAGUUAAUUUCCAACCGUCAAUGCAGCCUCCCUCCCAACAACGAGUAGCAACUGGUGUUUAUCCAGCUCGAGCUCCAACUGGUGGAAAUACUAUUCGUUCUAAACACACAAUGUCUACGACUCUCUCACACCAAAAUGUUUCUCAAUACAAUAUGACGCCAAAUUCUAUAAUGAGCCAAAGAUCAGAUCCCAUGAAUAAUCUGAUUAAGGCACAACCGGUGCAAUCUCACCUUGCAAAUAUGCAACACCAACAACGUAAUGUUAAUUCUCAAGUUCAGCUUGUCCUAAACCAAAAUUACAAUUCUAAUCGAACAGAUGGUCGAGUGAUACGGCCUCAACAACAACCAAUGAACAUACCAAUAGGCAGACAACAAUCUCCAGGAAGCAAUGGUGGUAGCCUGUCACCUACAUCUAAUCAAUUGGCUCGAUGGUUUAGUCCUGAACUUCUUGCAAAAGCAAGAGCCGGAAAGCUACCAGAACUCGGUCAAACAAAUGUUUUGUCACUUGAAGAAUUAGAACGGCUUCAACAAUCAUCUGCCGUUGUACAUGAGUAAUGAAGUAACAUAAAAAAUUGAUAAAAGAUAUAAAAAUUAUUCCAAUAAAAUAAUGUGUGACAGCUAAAAUUAACUACGAGCUUGAUUCUCGGAUUUUUAUUCGCAAAUCUUUAAGUGACAAGUACUCAAAUGUAUGAUAUCCAUUUCUAAUUAGAUGGAUUAUUUAUUUACUUCGUUACGAGGAGAAAUACCUAUUCAAGUCAACAAUAUUUACAAAGAAGAAAAAAUAAUGAGAAAUUAGUAUUUUGUUGUUUUCGUAUGGAAACUAGAACAGAAAGAAUUUACCAUUUUAUAUAAUUAAUCAUGUAAUAUGAGUGUAUUUCCACUCUUCAAGGACUUUUUAGAAUCAUUGUCUUAGAUUAUAUUAUUAAAAUAAGACUGUUAUAUGGGAUUUCAUCUCUAUUCUGCGCUAGAACAGUCAAACAGAAUGAUAAAAUAAAGAAACAAAUAAAAAUAAACCAACAGAGAAUGAA